CCGCGUGGUCCUAACCUGGCACAAAAACCUCUGUAUUUAGUAGGCACUGUCCUUAAGUUAACUGGUUUUCAUGUAGGUCUCUAUCCAGGUAGAAUAUUGGAAUUUUGAAAUGUUGGUUUUUGAGGAGGGAAGAAAGCCAGAGAACCCUGCAAAAAACCCUUGGAGUAAGUUAGAACCAACAACAAACCUAACCCACAUGUGGCACCAGGCUGGAAAUAUCAAGCCCAGGCCACAUUGCUAGGAAGAGAGCUCUUUUAUCACUACAUCAUCCCUGCUACCCAAAAUUACAAAUAAUUACUAUACAACUAGUGGCCCCUUAAAAUUAGCCAGUAAACAGCAGACUUUCCAAUUUUUGCCAAUAUCUUUGGACAUAGAAUUUGGUAAUAUCUGUUUGAGAAUGUUACAGUUUUUAACUCUUUCAAUAGCCCUUUCAAGGUGUAUGCAAACAGAUGCAAUCUCUCUUGUUUCAUCCUCAUCGUCAGGAUUUAGCUGGUCGUUACUUCUCAUAAAUGGUGGGAUAUUAAGGUAAACUUUCCUUGGGGCUCAUAGGUCUUGGAUUUCAAAACCACGAUCUCCCAUUACUGAAUCCCCCUUUUCGAGAAGCUGUAGAAUGCCACAAUGUUCAACAAUAAUUUUGUCACUGCAAUGGCCUCCAUACAGAUCAGAAACGAAAGUGAAAGCACCAUUAGGUACUAUUGCGACAAGGCCUUUGGCUGUAUUGUGGGAUUUUUAUGUUGAUGAAGAAGAAGAAGCAGAAGAAGCAGAGGAAGACAAAGAUAAAGAUAGCCUGAGCAAUACCGAUUCAUCCAGAAAUGCAACUCCUAAAGUAUCAUCUAAUCCUUCAAGGACUGUUGAUCUUGGAGCUGCAGCAAAUUAUGGAAAAUCAGAAGUAAUCAAUUCUUCUACAACACCAGCAUCGAGUGUAGUACCAUCUAUGUCACACACAAGCAAUUCAGAUUUGGUGGACUUGCUUACAGGGCAGCCUGACACCUCCCUUACUUCACAGCCCUUUCAGACUUCUACUGUUCCAGUUGUCCCAACAGAAAAUGAUAGUUUCUUUGCAGAUUUUGCUUCUGCACCUACAGGGGGAGGAAGCAUCAGUGGAUCAGAGAAUAAUUUCAACCAUGCAGGAUCAGCAGUAGAAAAUGAUGACUUUGGAGACUUUGCAGCCUUCAGGACUGGAAGUCCUACUCAGAAUCAUUUGCCUGAUGACACAUUCUUCACUGCAUUUCAGAGCAACACUGCAUUGCAGGCUGAAACAAGUCAACCAAUAGCCCAAACUUCAAACCAAAACCUGUCUCCCCUCCAACCCCAGAUAGCAGUGAAUUCAGCUCUUCAACCACAAGCCAGUGCACUAUCUGGUCUACAGCCUCAACCAGCCCAGCCAGCAAUACUACCAAAUCAGUUUAUGCUUGGAGGAAUGCAAGGACCGUUGUUGAAUUCUCAACUUUUAGUUCAAUCUCAAACAAGUCAACAGCCAGCACUGAUAAAAUCACAAGCCAUGACACCUUCCAAGCCACUGAUGGCUGGAAAGUCAUCCUCGGCAAUGAUGGCAGACUGUACUCCAUUGCAUCAGAAGUCAGCUAAAUCAACAACAUGGUCCAACAGUCCAGUUGACAUUAGUCUUGACAAUUUAAGUCCAAUGAGCCAUAGGGACAAACCUGCACAACCAAGCAUGAAUGAGUUGUACUCGAAUCAGCAGCAAAUGCCUUCAGCUACAAUGGCUCUCUAUGGUAUGCCACAGCAGAGUAUGUAUGCUAUGGGAGGGGCUCCACCAAUGAACUCAAGUGUCCCCAUGAUGGGUGUGGCACCACAGAUAAACAUGCUCAGGGCAAAUAUGAAUCAGAUGACUGUGUCGUCUAACAUACCCAUGAUGCAGAUGACAAACAGAGGAAUGGGAAUGAUGCAGCCCCAACCAUUGGGACAAAUGCAAGGCUUUAGUAGUAGUGGUUAUUCAACAUACAAGGGUGUGAGUUGAUGUUUAUGGCAAUAGACAGUGUGAACACUUGUUACUGAGCUACUGCAUCGGUGUGCUGGAAGCAUUUGGCUUAAUUCCCACCAAGUGAGAAUCUAGCAACAAUAAUACAAAAAUUAUAAUACAAGUGGAUGAUACAAUCGAAUCAAAAUUCAUAUUGGCUGGCCCAAAAAAUAUGCUUAAAGACUUUCUGUAAUGUGGCAAAAAUGGGGAUUAAAGUGGUAUUGAAAAUAGGUUCAACUGGCACACAAAAUAAACUUGUUUUGGAGGUUGUCUGUCAGAGGUCUCUCUUAAACACAGGGCAAACCUAUAGAAGGGAAGGAGACAACAUUUCCAGUUGUUGGCUUCAAUCCAACACAGAUGGCAGAAGAAAUGAUGAUUGCCAUAAGAUUUAAUAGUGCAGUAGAGAAUAUUGUUUGCUUGAUUUGUAAGACCUGGUUUGGCAAAACACUAGAAUUUUUUUUUAUUUUGAUUUUAGGGGUUUCAAAGAUGAGCGACCUAAACCUUAAAAUUCAGAAUCCUCAGUCAGCCAAAAGUCGGCUAAUGCUAAUAAAAUAUUCUAAAAAAGCAACAACCAAAUCCUGCCAUAGUCCAGUUUUUUAGUUAACCGAAAGUGCUGAACAAAAAGUGUUAAGACUCAAAUUGCUAACAAAAUAUCGGCACGAAUGUAAUGAAGCGUGAGACGAAACACUGCAGAGUUUUCCAUAGUUCAUGUUCUCACGGGUGUUUGCAAAUAUUUUACUUCAGAUCGAGACCAACCUCGUACAGAUGCGUCUUCAAUCAUUUUGUUCAGCAGUCUUGGUUAACUCGAAAGUAGACUAUAAUGAUUUCAUAAUCUAAAUCUAAAUGUGUUUGUUCAUCGAGAAUGAGGCACAAAGUCAGGCGUGUUGACAAACUACUUUUAUGACCAUUUUCACUCUAGAAAGCGGACAAAUCGUCUGUACGGACGAGUCCUCCCACGAUUUGUUCGUUUAAUGUGAAUUCCAGAUGGACAACUCACCUUGUGUUGGUCAUCUUAAUUUGCAAGGGGCAAGACACUUACAGGCUUGGUUAGCUGCACUUUCCACCCGCCUUUUUUGAUUUCCCCAUAAGCUAGCACUCGUCUCUAUUUGCUAGUUCCAUUCUCCAUGAAUAUUUCAGCGACCAAAAUGCAAUCAUUUCUUCACACAACUUUUGUGACAAAAAUUUUGUUCGUCCCAUUUUCUUCCAUUUGAGACGAUUUGUCCAUAUCUAAAGUGAAAACAGCUGAUGUCUUGACUGUCAUGAAACGAUUUUCUUCUGUUGUCUUGAAUAAUAAAAUCGAAACGCUUGAGCAAAAUACACUGGCUGGCAAAUAGUACAGAAAUCGACAUGGUGAAAUUAAGGGUGCGUUUCUUUAAGAAAA